AUGGGCCGUGCGUGUCCGUGGCGGCACGCUGGAGACCCCCCGUCGCACCUUGACCCUCACCCCCACCUCCUCAACCCGACUCGAACUAAACUCGUCCUCCCGCAGUUCGAGGCGGAUGGGUACCUCGUCAUUCGCGACUUCUUCACCAAGACGCAGGCUGGCAAGCUGCUCGAGACGAGCCAGCGCUUGUUGCGCGAGUUCGACAUUGCCGACCAUCCCAUGACCCAGUUCGUCGGUACGGCCGAGGCGUCGUCCAAGAAGCACGUCGGCGACGCCUACUUCCUCGAGUCGGGCGACAAGGUCCGGUUAUUUUUCGAACCGGCCGCGUUCGGGCCCGACGGGCAGCUCAACCGCCCUAAAGAGCUCUCGGUGAACAAGAUCGGGCACGCGCUCGCCAUGCUCGACCCCGACUUUCGCGCGUUCACCUUCUCCGACGACGUCAAGAACCUCGUGCGCGACCUCGGCUUCCACGAGGACCCAAAGGUCAUCCAGUCGAUGGUCAUCUGCAAGCAGCGCGAGGUCGGCGGCAAGGUCGGCUCGCACGACGACCAGACGUUCUUGACCACGCGACCGAGCACCGCCAUGGGCCUGUGGUUCGCGCUCGAGGACUGCACGCCCGAGAACGGCUGCCUGUCGUUUGUGCCGGGCAGCCACAAGGUCAACGCCAAGGUGACGAAACGGCUCGUGCGGGCUCCGGGAGGCGGGACGGAGCUCGUCACGGUGCCCGGCAUGGAGGACGAGCCAAAGGUGGACUGGGACCAGGAGGACGUCAACUGGGUGGCGGCGCCUUGCUCGGCUGGCGAUCUCGUCCUCAUCCACGGCGCGGUCAUUCACCGGAGCGAGAAGAACCUGAGCAGCAAGUCGCGGUUCAUCUACACGUUCCACUGCAUCGAGGGCUCGGCCGAGUGGCUCGACGACAACUGGUUGCAGCCGACGCCCGAGAUGCCCUUCCCCUCCCUUUUCUCGACCUCGCCCGCCAUGAACGACGCGCCUUGAUCUUUUCGAGCCGACCUACUGCGACGAAUGUCCCCGACCAGUC